GGCAUAACAACUCAACAAACCAUUCGCAUUUUCAAUCCAACGUUAUUCACCUAUUUCUCUCUCUCUCUCUUGCAUUAUUGAUUCAUCAUUCAUCAAUGGCGUUCAACAGAAUGAUCUCUCAGCGCCUCCUCACCAUGUCGAGGAUGACGAACACGGCGCUCACCAAUUGCCGCACUUCCUUACCUCGCACCGCCGUUAAACCGGCUGCUCUGAGUCAUCACACGUCGCCCGCCCCCGAUCCCGGAGAUGACGGUAUAUUCCGGCGAUAUCUCCACCGCCAAUCGGCGGCGACGACGUCGGCGGCACGGUUCCUCCCGACCGGCGAGAAGCUUCUGGAGAAGCUCCGCGAGAUGGACAUUUCCAGAGAAAGGAUCAGGCUCGACGGCCUCCGCCCGCCGCAGGCGACGGAGGAGUCGCGGGAGGAUAGUAUGACGGUGAAGGACGCGAGGAAGAUUCUCAGGCUGUCGCAGCUUGAAACGGUGAAGUCGAGAUUGAGGCAGAUGGACAAGGAUUGCGUGUCGCAUCCGGAAUUUCUGGAGAUUUGUGCCAAGGCGUGCUCGAGUCCGGAAUUAGGGCACGAAUUCGCGAAAAUACUCGAUGAAUCGGGGAGCGUGAUUGUCAUCGGAAGCGUCGUGUUCCUCAGGCCUGAGCAGGUGGUGAAAGCAAUCCAAGGACUAAUGCCUCUAGCCCCAAAACCGGACGAUCCAAGAAUGAAGGAGUUGGAAGAACUGGAGAAGCAGAAGGCAGUGAUCGAUAGGAAAGCAGAGUCGUAUGUUCGUAGGGAGCUCUGGGUCGGGUUAGGCUACCUUGUUGUCCAGACAGCGGCCUUCAUGCGCCUAACGUUCUGGGAACUGUCGUGGGAUGUGAUGGAGCCAAUCUGUUUCUAUGUGACGUCGAUGUAUUUCAUGGGAGGGUAUGCCUUCUUCCUGAGAACGUCGAAAGAGCCCUCAUUCGAGGGGUUCUUCCAGAGCAGGUUCAGUGCCAAGCAGAAGCGCCUCUUCAAGUCGCUGAAUUUUGAUGUGGAGAGGUAUGAUGAGCUGAAGAGAGCUUGUCAUCCCCAGUCCACGGAAACGGCUGCAGCCCUUUCCUUUGCGACUCCAACCCGUAGGGGUUGAUCGAUCAAUCUUGUUUUAAAUCCAAGAAAAUGAGAUCAGAUAAAAUUGCUUUAAAUCACAAAAUCAUACCUAAAAUUUUUUGCUUCUUUUAUUAUUUUCAGCACCCAUUAUGUAACCACGGAUUUGUAGAUUAGAUUCGUUAAACUGUUUGUAGGAAAUGAGCAGUAGAAAUCAUUGAUUAACAGAAAUCUGCUUCUUUCAAUCGCUCUGAACCCGAGUAGGUUGUUUGGGGCGGGUGAUCGCAGUAUGUAUUUUAAUUUAGUUGAUAACGAAUACACUGAUUUUUAUAAACAUAAAAUUUUUAAAAUU